AUGCAACAAAGUUAAAUUUUAUUCAAUCACUAUUUUUCAUUAUUUUGCAACUUUUCCCAUCCAGUUUUUCUCCUUCAUUGAAAUUUUUUGAAGGUAAAUACUUCAAUUAUUGACAAUAUUCAAGUUUCAUAGAAUUUAUAGCUACGACUUUUAUAAAUAUACAACGUUAUUGAACGUUCACUUUAUAGAUUAAACUAAUGUCUGAUCAUUGUGGAGACACUGAAGAGAUAUUUUCAACAUCCAACAGCUUGGACUUAGCCAGAGAGGUAAGAAAAGAAAAACCUUAUGAGUGCGAUGUUUGUGGGAAGUCUGGGAAGAGGUGUUCCAAAAAAGGAAACUUAACUAGCUAAACUAUUAAAGGACAAUGGCAACAAAUUUUUUUAUUGUCUAUAUUAAAAGUGUUGCUUCAUCUAAGGCCAUGGGAAUGAAAGUCAUAGAUUUGCGUCCACCGCCCGCAUGCCUCAAAAGCUACCGCCUAAAAUUUUCAUUAUUUACAAAAAAAAAUUCAUUAUUUUCACAAAUAAAGCAAAACUCAACAAAAUUAGCAAUAAAAUUGUCUAUUGAUUACAAUAAAAUGAACAUAUUGCAGUGUGUUUGUCCUCAGUAUCCACAUUCUAUGAAAUUCCAAAUUAUAUUCACCGAAAUGGCGAAAUUGGCACACAGAUCUUCAGUACUGCAACUGCGUGAGCUCGAGAUAUAUGUAAUUCCGUGGCGUAAACGGUAAUUCGUGUUUUGAUCUCUGUAUUUACCACCCAAAAGGAUGGUAAAAAAAUAAUGAAUAAUGAAUAAUGAAAAAAACCCGCAUGUUUUUUCAAAAUUAUCCGGACGCAAAUCUAUGACUUUCAUUCCCAUGGCCUAACUAUGAAUAUGAUGUUAAUACCAUGUCAAACAUUUUUGUUCCGGAAUUAUAAGCAUGUUAUUUCACUGUUAAAUUAUAUAUGGUCCGCCAUCUUGGCUCGUAUUUGCGAAAAAUUAUCUUUUGGGUAACAUGACCCGUAUGACGUAGAUGGCAGGGUAGAAUCAAAACAACUAUAUAUUUUUGUAUAGCGUGUAUCGAGAGAUUUAAUACGUUUUCUCAAAAAAUUAAUGCUUUUGAGUCAUUUCAAUGGAAAAAGUAGGGGAGUGUUAUCAUACCGAUAUGAACCAAAAGUAGGACAAAAACAAGCAAUAUUUUAAUUUGGGGAUAGGUAUAAAUAUAGGACUUCUACAUGCGUCUUGGACCUUUGGUUUGUGGUUUACAUAUAAUAAUUUAUUUAAUGGCUUUCUUUUAUUUUCAACGGGGUAUUGAAAGUACACCAUGCCGUUAAAUAUUGUAUAUUAGGUGCACGCAUACAUGCGUGCGCUGUUUUGUGUCUUUUUAUGUCAACCAUUGUAGAAAUAGUAUACCGCAAUUGAAGCUAUAGUAUGUACUGUAAGUAAAGUUAUUACUUGGCAACGCUUCCCUUUUCAAUUGUAUUCUAAACAUUUCAUUGCGCUGUAUUCGUUUUAAAAACUUUGGCGACUGUUCAUACGCGUCUUCGGUCUUGUUCAUACGCGUCUUCGGCAAAAUGAAGUGAGCAUAUAUUCUAGUGCACGACGAUCAUAGACGACGAUGGUUUAAAUGCUUUGCGCUUACAGAAUUCAAUCCACGUGUUUCUCCUAUAUUGCUGAUCUACCGAUUUGCCCGUUGGAAAAUUGAAGAAACGAAUUUCACCUGUUUGUUAUGGCUGUCACUAUUACAACCGUAGACGGUACAUGUUUUGCAGUGGACCUUACGUUUUACAUGAACAAUCUUGAUCUUUUCGUUAUUCAAAUCGUAGGCUACUCGGAGCUUACUAAUAUUUGCAAUUUCGGUUAUAUACUGUAUAUAGUAUAAUGUCCCACACGUGAAUUUAGGGUAUUUUACAUAAUACAAUGAAAAUAUUGAUAAUAUGGGAACUACUGCACUACAUGCAUAUAUUUACCUAUAUAAAAUGACAACUAAGUAAAACUACAUGUAAAAAUACAUCACAACAUAUAACCAGAUUAUAGUUAUUUUACACUAUCUCUAUAAUCUCUUGGCUGGGAAAAUCCCAUACUGACCUUGAAUGUCAAUUUACUAAUUGGCGCAAUGUCUAACUUGUACGACACUACACAUUACAGAAGAAGCAAAUCUUGUUUGUGAGAUAACAGCUAUUUCACGAGCAAUGUCGUUUGAAAGCCUACUCAGUUUUGAAAGCAAUUAUUAUAUAUAGUUGUGAAAUCUGAAGCUAAAUUAAUAUAUUAUGUUGCCGACAUGCAUUACAUGAUUAAGUACCUGUCAUGAUUUCGAUUCAGCCUUGUAUAAAAUUUGUGCAGUCAAUGUUUUUCAAAGGUUUUCAAAUUUAACGGCCAGUGAAUUCUGGCACGAGAUUUUAAAAUGCUUUGUCUACGGCUGGUACGUGGGCCUUGUGGUUACGAUUAUCCACUGCAGCCUUGUUGCAGUUCCGCAAGUUGGUUGAAUUAUUUUUGUAUUAAUAAUAUUUGGGCUAGUGUUCCAAAGGUCGUAGGUUCGAAUCCCACCGUGGCCGGGCAUAUUUUUCAAGCUCACCCGGUGUGGAUAUACACUCAGAGUAACAUCACAAAUAUAAUAAUAACAACACUUUGAAACACUAAAUACUCAGUAGAAUCUUUUGUUCCAAUGCAAAUUAUUUCUAUAUUUCUGCAACAGAGCUUGCACAUACAUAAAUGUAUAUGCUAUACAUAUGUACAUACAUUUGGAAUACAUGACAUGUAAUUGGAACAGCAGAAUUACCAUAACCGGAGUCAAUGUCUAAGCGCAUUUUACAAUGCAAACAUACGCUUUACUGUCGAAAACACAGUCACAGACCAUUGGUAGUAAGCUGCUACACAUUAUUGAACUAUUAAUACACGUUAUGAUGUAAGUGUAAUUUUUUUGUAAACAUUUUCUUCCAAAUCUCAACGUUGUUCAGUGUAACUUAAUAUACUGUGGGAUUUGCGUUUACCCUGCCAUUUACGUCACAAAAUGUAUUCAUGCAUAAAUUAGCAUACGCGGAAUUUUCCCAAGAUGGCGGACGACUGUUAAAAUUUGUUAAACAUUUUCGCAAAUUAUCUGAAGAACUAAAUGCAAUGGACAAACAAAAAUGUGAAAUUAAGUAUUCCAUUAGUAAGCUUAAUAAAUACAGACAAUAAAAAAAUUUGUUGCCAUUGUCCUUUAACUCCGCUAAUAUGGUAUAAAGAUUGAAAGACAUAAAAGAAUACACACAGGAGAGAAACCCUAUGAAUGCGACGUUUGUAAGAGGAGAUUUUACAAAAUUAGUAAUAUUCCAAAGUUUCGUUGCUAAAUGUUGUAAAAUGCUGAUAAUAUAGCCUUACGAAGUUUGCCAUUUUUCAGUCAUUUUCUAUUACAAACUGGAAAUUGACAGCCAAGGUCUUAGCUCGAGGGCCGUGUUGGCUAUGUUAUCACGGCCAAAAAUGGAAAAACAUGGCUAAAUGCGGCUUCAUUAUUUAUAUAAAGCUGUGUAGGUUCAUAAAAUAAGAUACUUAGACAGAAUUUCUUUCUAUUUACGUCAUAAGAAAUUUUGUAAAAUCUAUUGUUGUUGAAAUUAGCAAAACUGAUUUGUGAUGUUUUAAUGUUUUGAUGGAUAAUGGGAACCGUAUGGUGUUAAAAGUGGUUUUAAGUUUUAAAUACCCCCAAGAGUUGCUGAAAAAACUUAAUAUUUUAAUUUGGCUAUGCAGGGUGAUUGACAUGUGCACACCCUGGUCAUUUAGAAACACGCUCAAGAUCUAAAAUCCUAGCUAAGACCCUGUUGACAGUUCCAAAGGGUAUUGGGCUGUCAAUUUCCCCCACUUAAUGCAAAAUGACUGAAAAACGGCAAACUUUGCACAGCUACAGUAUAUUAUCCGCAUUUUACAACAUUCCGCAACGAAACUUUGGAAUAUUACUAAUUUUGUGAUGCUCGUUCAAACUGUGAUGAAAUUUUUGUCUAGACUUGUUUAGAUCAAAAUUUAGUCUAUAAUGCGAAUGGUCCAUUUAGUAAGACAUAAACGAAAACACACUGGAGAUCAACUUUAUGCAUGUGAUGUAACUGAUGUUUGCAUACCCGUAUGACGUCAUAAUUGUAAAGCGGGAAUAUUGCUCUUUAUUGCAUAUUAUCUGGCUCUAACUCAGUUAAGAGAUCUUGUAUCAAGAAAUUUUAGGGUCUUCGUUGCUAAAGUUGGGGGCUCCUUUUGAGCUGGGGAUCCGGGACAAUGUGUCUGCCCCCUCUCUCGGCGACCCUGAUAACUGAUUAGAUAAAUUAGCGAGUCAUAAGAAAACACACAAUGAAGCCCAUAGAUCUACAGUAUGUGAAAGUGAUGUUUUGCAAAAAGUGAUUGUAACUAUGAACACGUGGAACGGCAUAUUUUCAACACACUACAGACAAGCAAUGAAUUAUAUACUUUAAAUGUUUUAUCAAAAAAACGUUCUCCUUUUGGAGCUUUGUAAUAUCUAAGGAUAUAAUCUUUAGUAUUAUUCUUUCCACGUUUAAAUCUGUAUUAAAUAUUAAUUAACAAUUAUUCGCCGAAGGCGAGGUGAUUAUCGGUGAAUAAAAACCGAGACGAAGUCGAGGUUUUUAUUCACGAUAAUCACCGAGCCUGAGGUGAAUAAUUGUUUUAGUAUAAUUUCAUAGGUGAUUAUUUGGGAAAAAAAAAAAAUGCACAUUUAUUCGUCUUUUAAUUGACAAAACGGCUUCGGCCGCCAUUUUGAAAAUCGCUUAGGUGAUUAUCGCGUAAUAAUCACCUCAACGGGAACCAAUCAGCGUGGAGAAUUUUCAAUAAUCACCUAUGUAAUUAUACUAAUAAUUAAUAUUGAUUGUUAAUGUUACAUAAAUAUAAGGUAAAACACAUUUUAGCUUUGUUUCAUCUUGGGUUUGCAAGCUGACUUUUAUAAAUAUACAACGUUAUUGAACGUUCACUUUAUAGGUUAAACUAAUGUCUGAUCAUUGUGAAGACACUGAAGAGGUAUUUUCAACAUCCAACAACUUCGACUUAGCCAGAGAGGUAAGAAAAGAAAAACCUUAUGAAUGUGAUGUUUGUGGGAAGAGGUGUUCCAAAAAAGGAAACUUAACUAGACAUAAGCAAACACAUGAGAAACCUUUGUUUGAGUGUGAUAUUUGCAAGAAGACGUUUCCUCGAUUAGCUCGUUUAAACAUACAUACAAGAUCACACACUGGCGAAAAACCUUACGAAUGUGAUGUUUGCAACAAGAGAUUUCCCAUCUCGGCUAAUAUGGUACGACAUAAAAGAAUACACACAGGAGACAAACCCUAUGAAUGCGACGUUUGUAAGAGGAGAUUUUCUCAGGCAACUGAUUUGGUGAGGCAUAAACGAACACACACUGGGGAGAAACCUUACGAAUGUGAUAUUUGCAAGAAGAAGUUUGCCCAGCCUGGCUACUUAGUAAUACAUACCAGAAUACACACUGGAGACAAACCUUAUGAAUGUGAUGUUUGUACCAAGAAAUUUUCCCACUCAAGCCAGUUAGCACAACAUAAACGAAUUCACACUGGAGACAAACCUUAUGAAUGUGAUGUUUGUACCAAGAAAUUUUCCCACUCAAGCCAGUUACCACAACAUAAACGAAUUCACACUGGAGACAAUCGUUUAUAUGAAUGUGACCUCUGCAACAAGAGGUUUUGUACAUCAGAAAAUUUAGAAACGCAUAAAAGAGCGCACCCUGAGGCCCAACCUUAUGAAUGUGAUGUUUGUAAGAAGAGAUGUUCUUCUUCGCACAAUUUAGCAAUACAUAGAAGAACACAUACCGGGGAACAACCUUACGAAUGUGAUGUUUGCAACAAGAGAUUUUCUCAACCGAGCAAUUUAAUAAGACAUAAAAAAACACACACCGGAGAGAAACCCUAUGAAUGUGAUGUUUGUUACAAGAGAUUUUCUCAGGCAACUGAUUUGGUGAGGCAUAAACGAAUUCACACUGGGGAGAAACCCUAUGAAUGUGAUGUAUGCCAAAAGAAAUUUUGUCACCCAGCAAGUUUACCAAAACACAAAAGAACACACACUGGAGACCAAUGUUAUGAAUGUGAAGUUUGUACAAAGAAAUUUUCCCAGCCAGGAAACUUAGCAAAACAUAAAAAAGACAAGCAUUGCUUUGAAUGUAAUGUUUGCAAGGAGACAUUUUCUCAGUCCACUGAUUUAGUAAUGCACGAGGCAUUACAUUUGACAACACAAAUUAUAUCUGAGGAUUCUACAGAGCUGUUUCCAACAUCAAGCAACUUUGACUUUACACAAAAUCAAGAAACACCCAAUGCUUAUGAAUGUAAUGUUUGCAAAGAGCAAUUUUGUCAGUUAAGUGAUUUGGAAAUGCAUAAAACAUUACAUUUAGCAACACAAAUUGUAUCUGAUGAUUAUGUGGAAUUGUGUUCAGCAUCGAGUGACUUUGCACAAAAUGAAGGAACACUCAAUGCUUAUGAAUGUGACAUUUGCAAGGAAAAGUUUUGUCAUUUAAAUGAUUUAGAAAUGCAUAAAGCGUUACAUUUAACAACACCAAUUACAUCUAACAAUUGUGCAGAGUCGUUUUUGACAUCCAGCAACCAAGACUUUGCACAAGAAGGAACACACAAUUCUUAUGAAUGUGAUGCUUGCAAGAUGACGUUUUCCCAAUCAGAACAUUUAGAGAAUCAUAAGAGAACACACACUGUAGACAAACCUUAUGGAAGUGAUGUUUGCAAUGAAAGAUGUUCUCAGUCAGCCGAUUUAGGAACACAUGAAACAUCGCAUUUAACAACAGAAAGUCAGCCUGACCUUUGUGAAGAUAUGUUUUCAACUGAGAGCAGCUUGGACUCAACAAGAGAAGAAACAGUAUUCAAACCUUUCGAAUGCGAUGAUUGCAAGAUGAAAUUUUCCCAGUUAGAAAAUUUGGAGAAACAUAAGAGAACACACAUUGUAGACAAACCUUAUGAAUGUGAUGUUUGUAAGAAGAGGUGUUCCAAAAAAGGAAACUUAACUAGACAUAAACAAACACAUGAGAAACCUUUGUUUGAGUGUGAUAUUUGCAAGAAGACGUUUCCUCGUUUAGCUCGUUUAAACAUACAUACAAGAUCACACACUGGCGAAAAACCUUACGAAUGUGAUGUUUGCAACAAGAGAUUUCCCAUCUCGGCUAAUAUGGUACGACAUAAAAGAAUACACACAGGAGAGAAACCCUAUGAAUGCGACGUUUGUAAGAGGAGAUUUUCUCAGGCAACUGAUUUGGGGAGGCAUAAACGAACACAUACUGGGGAGAAACCUUAUGAAUGUGAUAUUUGCAAGAAGAAGUUUGCCCAGCCUGGCUACUUAGUAAUACAUACCAGAAUACACACUGGAGACAAACCUUAUGAAUGCGAUGUUUGUACCAAAAAAUUUUGCCACUCAAGCCAGUUAGCACAACAUAAACGAAUUCACACUGGAGACAAUCGUUUAUAUGAAUGUGACCUCUGCAACAAGAGGUUUUGUACAUCAGAAAAUUUAGAAACGCAUAAAAGAGCGCACCCUGAGGCCCAACCUUAUGAAUGUGAUGUUUGUAAGAAGAGAUGUUCUUCUUCGCACAAUUUAGCAAUACAUAGAAGAACACAUACCGGGGAACAACCUUACGAAUGUGAUGUUUGCAACAAGAGAUUUUCUCAACCGAGCAAUUUAGUAAGACAUAAAAAAACACACACCGGAGAGAAACCCUAUGAAUGUGAUGUUUGUUACAAGAGAUUUUCUCAGGCAACUGAUUUGGUGAGGCAUAAACGAAUUCACACUGGGGAGAAACCCUAUGAAUGUGAUGUAUGCCAAAAGAAAUUUUGUCACCCAGCAAGUUUACCAAAACACAAAAGAACACACACUGGAGACAAACAUGAAUGUGAGUUUGUACAAAGAAAUUUUCCCAGCCAGGAAACUUAGUAAAUUAUACCUGAUGACUCUGCAGAGCUGUUUUCAACAUCAAGCAACUUUGACUUUUACAAGGAAACACACCCAUACCGGCAAGUUAGUAAUGCAUAGAAGAGUACAUACAGCUAAUUGCAUUAAGAUGUCCUCCAAUUGACAUUAAUAUAUUCAUUAGCGUUCCCAACGGACUCAUUUACUCAAGCUUGCCUUUCUGGUUACGCUUUUUUCACGUAUAAUGAAUAUGCGAGAUGAAUGUUUUAUUCAUAAGACCGUACUUUUCGUGCUUGGCUUUUAUACUUUUUAGCUUUGUCGGCGGACAACCUUAAUGCAAUUUAUAGCUGUACUCUAUACUGGUGACCAACCUUAUUAAAGUGAUGUUCGUAAAAUGAGAUUUUUUUAAUCAAGCAAUGGCCAUUUGCAUUAGACUAAAUUUUGAUCUAAACAAGUCUAGACAAAAAUUUAAUCACAGCUUGAAAGAGCAUCACAAAAUUAGUAAUAUUCCAAAGUUUCGUUAUGACUGAAAAACGGCAAACUUCGCAAGGCUGUAUUAUCGGCAUUUUACAACAUUUCGCAACGAAACUUUGGAAUAUUACUAAUUUUGUGAUCAUAUUACUAAUUUUGUGAAAAUCCUAGCUAAGACCCUGUUGACAGCUCCAAAGGGUAUUGGGCUGUCAAUUUCCCCACGUAAUGCAAAAUGACUGAAAAACGGCAAAUUUCGCAAGGCUACUACAUUAUCCGCAUUUUACAACAUUUCGCAACGAAACUUUGGAAUAUUACUAAUUUUGUGAUGCUCGUUCAAGCUGUGAUUAAAUUUUUGUCUAGACUUGUUUAGAUCAAAAUUUAGUCUAUAAUGCAAAUGGUCCAUUUAGUAAGACAUAAACGAAAACACACUGGAGAUCAACUUUAUGCAUGUGAUGUAACUGAUGAGGCCCUGUUAGGGGGGUCUGAAUAAUCCAUAAUCCUAGCAAGAAUUUAAAAAUAAUCCGUAUCCCAUUUCUAUAAACAAAAAUAUCCCUUUAAUAAUUUAAAGAAAUGUGAACAUUAAAGGUGAUCUACAGUCCGAUCUGCGCAUGUGCACAAAUGAGCCCACUUUUUAUGAUGCAAACAGUUUAACUAUGUUUUGAGUUCUUGAAAAGCCUGAUUGUUGUUUCUUGAUCAUUUAUUAUACUCUAGAAGCUUGAAAAUAUAAAUAGUUGUCGAGUAAAGCUCAAUAUUUUGGACACAAAAAAUGUAAACAAAGGCUUUGUUUACAUACGGAAUGUAGAUCACCUUUAAAAUUAUUCCACACGAGAUCAAGUGACACUCGAGUGAUUCAUGCAUGUGAUUCAUGCAUGUCACAUACACCGUAAAAACGCACAAGUUGUAACAAACCUGCAGCAGCCUUAAGUAGCAAUGCUGUCAAUAGGAUGUGUUCACACUGCUUGUUCCCAGCUUGUUGACAAGUUGUCAACGGCUUGUUGACAACUUGCUAGAAGGUUGUUGAGCUCAACAGACUUGUUACAAGUUGUUUCAACAACCUGAUAUCAACAAUUUCUCAACAAGUUGUGAGUGACAACCAGUGGCGUGCUGGCAGGGGAGGCCGGAGGGACCACGCCCCCCCCAGCUGGCAAUUCUUGGGGGGCGCCGAUCCCGUGCGGAAUUUUGAAAGUGGGUGGGAAAAACACAUUUGAAAAAAUAUAGUUACUUCGGCCAAGAAAAGAUGUGUUUAUAUGCUUAUAAACAGACUAAUAUAUUAAACAGACUGAUAUAUUAAAUUACAGAAUAUUUUGUCUAACCGUAUUUGCUAAUUUACUACUUCACGGCUCACACAAAAUCGUUCAUAAAGAAACAUGAUCAGUGAUCGCACGCAAUGUCUUAUUACCGGAAUAUUGGUCAGGUUUCAAGGCGAUAAUGGGAAUUAUGCCCUUUUUUGCUGGUAUUAUGCCCUUAUAUUGUGUCCUUUAUUUGCUUCACGAAUCACGAGAGCAGCCCAAAUUAGAUAGUUAUGAUAAUGUAAAGUUGUGUAGUUGUUUGUGCAAGAAACAUUAUGACUCAUGAGUAAUGUAAGUAAUAAGAUAAUGCUGAAACGCGCCCUUUUGGCAGCCAAGCAAGGUAACCUUAAAAUGCAUAUGUGUGAGGUCCUUGUGUCAUUGUAUAAAAUAGCUGUAAGUUGUAAAUGUAUUCUGAUCACUAGAUCAGUAGAGAAUAGAAUUGGGAGUAGAUUAAUCGCUGGAAUUAGUUUGCAUUGCCCAAUUUAAGUACUACUACUAAAUUCUAACCAAAUUGCAAAUUUCAACACGUAUUAUAUAAUGCCGUUUCCUGACCAUCAGAUUUCUGUUAAACCUUCCCCCCAAAUCUAGGAAAUGACACUUCAGGGAUCCUAAAUUCAAAAAUUUUCCGAGGGGGCAUGCCCCCGGACACCCCUAUAGAGAAACCUCGUACCUGCUGCGCUCGCGGCUUGUGCCCUCGGUCCUCGUUUAUCAAGCGUUGCAAUAUAUAGGGGUGCAUAAUAGUUGAUAGCCCACUGCCGCCCCCCCCCCCAGAAAAAUAGUACCCAGCACUCCACUGGUGACAACCUUGUAGCAACUUGAUAAAAUAACAGCAUUGUUACAACUUGUAGACACAUCUUGUUGACAAGUUGUGAGAUUUUUACGUGUGUACGUGUUUGGGCGAAGAUCGCAUGUGUUCCAUCUCAAAGUGUGAAAUGGCGUCUCCAGAUAAUGAAGAUAUUGAUAUUGACUGGCAUCUUAUGACCUCUUACAAACUGCAAAUUGUAUUUCUUGUUUUUAUUUUCAAUAGCAAAAAUAGAUGAUCUUUGCAUAUCAAUAAUCCUAAAAUCCUAUCCAAAUAAUACAUAAUUUUUUUUUUAACCAGCAAUAAUCCGUAAUCCUACCCAAAAAUGCCAAAUAAUCCGUAAUCCUAAAACCCUAACAGGGCCUCACUGAUGUUUGCAUUAAGGGAUUUUCUCAAUCACAUGCAGGGCGGCCGAGAGGCUGCACAUGCCUGGGCACCACUUUCCCAGGGCACCCAGUAUGACGUCAUAAUUGUAAAGCGGGAAUAUUGCUCUCUAUUGCAUAUUAUCCAACUCUAACUCAGUUAAGAGAUCUUGUAUCAAAACGUUUUAGGGUCUUCGUUGCUUUGGGAGCUCCUUUUGACCUGGGGAUCCGGGACAAUGUGUCUGCCCCCUCUCUCGGCGACGCUGAUAACUGAUUAGAUAAAUUAGCGAGUCAUAAGAAAACACACAAUGAAGCCCUUCUACAGUAUGUGAAAGUGAUGUUUUGCAAGAAGUGAUUGUAACUAUCAACGCGUGAAACGGCAUAUUUUCAACACACUAGAGACAAGUAAUGAAUUACAGUAUUUACUUUAAAUGUUUUAUCAAAAAGACGUUCUCCUUUUAAGGAGCUUUGUAAUAUCUAAAGAUAUAACCUUUAGUAUUCUUCUUUCCACGUUUAAAUCUGUAU